AUGCAGAACGAAGCAAGUGGAAAUAUAGCACUUGUUGCCGUCAAAGCCCCUCCAUUUUGGCGUGCUAAUCCGGAACUAUGGUUCAAGCAAAUAGAGAGCGAAUUCAUUCUCGCCGGUGUGACUACUGAAAUUACGAAAUUUCACCAUAUUUUGUCGGUAUUGCAACCGGAAGAAUUGGAGGUCGUCGGCGACAUUAUGCAAGAUCCACCGGCAGAAAGACCCUACGAAGUACAGCGAAGAAGAUUGUGUUCUCAGUACGCGCAAAGUGAGGAGCAAAAGUUAAAGGACGUUAUUUCCGGGAUGCAGCUCGGGGAUCGAAAACCUUCCCGAUUGUUGGUAGAAAUGAGGAAUAAGGCCGGAAAUAAGAUCAGCGAAGAGAUAUUGAAGUCCUUGUUUCUUCAACGGCUGCCUACCCACGUGCAUAAGAUCUUGGCUAUCACCAACGACAAAUUGGAGCGGUUAGCGGAGAUGGUCGACGGAAUCAUGGCAGCAGCAACAGAUACUAUUUCGAUCCAGGCUGUGUCAUCAGAGGAAGCAUUCAUGCAAGCCACUCUGAUGGAGAUUUCAUCCCGCCUAUCUCGCCUAGAGGCACGUUCUAGCAGCAUCUUCAAACUUCCUGAUUGA